UUUGAUGUUAAAAUUGUCUCCGGUAUUUAAUUUUAGCUGACUGAUAAUUCAUUACAGGUUUGUGAACAGAUAUACCAGCUUAUUUCAUUUGCUGUCAAUCAUUGACUCAAGUAUAAAAGCUUAAUUGUGUUUGUCUGUACACACUUCAUGCAGUGUAACACCUUUCCGUUCAGGUCUCAGUGAGACAAUAUUGCUCCCCAAACUGACAGUUCAGCAGGUAACACUUGUGGGAUGUUAAGACUAGGCAACAGUCCUUAUAGUGCUUGUUUUGUGCUCAGGAGGGAGACUUUAAACCGAUCCAGGGAAGCGUGAGGAGUGGCCACUUAGACAAUCAUAUAAACUAAUUCAUUACUGUGGUGUGACAGCUCAGAGCAGAACAGGGUGAAUGUGGGAGGAGAUGCUAGUGAUCUGAGUUUUAUCUUUACAAAGAGCAGAGCUGUGAAAAAGCCUCUCUUACAUCUUCAAUUACUCUCUGAGUGGACAUUCAUACGUACCAGAUUAUUAACUUGCAAGUUUGAUCUUUGAAUUAUUUCAGGAAGACAUUUUUUUUCUACAUCGGUAAACUAUAAGAUAUUGUUGGUUAAACAGAACAUGACCACCAAUCUGUGUCUGGACUCAGGUCCUUGUCUCAUCCAUGAAGAUUACGAGAGGAAAUGUCCUCUACCCAGCCGAUCAGAUGUUGAGCCUCAGUAUGUUCAUCACCUGGCCCCAAAGCCCCCACCUGAGACCGGCUAUUCCAUUCCCAAACACAAAGGUGUUAAACAGAGGUGUCUUAAGUUCACUGUGGUUGCUGUGAUCUGCCUGCUGCUCCUUCUGCUGCUGGCUGGAAUCCUCCUCGCGUAUUACUACUCCUCGUCCUGUGUGCACGGGAUGCAGUGUGGGAACGGGAGCUGUGUGUGGGAGUCCCAGUGGUGUGAUGGAGUGACAGACUGUCCUGCAGGCCAGGAUGAAGCAAACUGCGUGAGGCUGCAUGGCUCCAGUUUCCUGCUCCAGAUCUACUCGACUGAGAGCAAAAACUGGAGGGCUGUUUGUUCUCACGGUUGGACCGACCAGCAGGGGAGAGCCAGCUGCCAGACGGUUGGAUACAGCAGGGGCACAUAUUUUAAAUCAGGCCAACAGAAGACUGGUUCUGGUGAUGGAUUCUUAAUUGUGAAGUCCAACGUCAACCCUGAGACAUCCAUACUGCAACAGCUUGUGUUCAGCAGUACCUGUCCCAGUAACAACGCCGUGACAUUGCAUUGUACUGAUUGUGGGUUUGGAGUGAACUCCAGCAGGGCCUCUGGUGACCAGCUGGCCUCUCCAGGGGCCUGGCCAUGGCAGGUCAGCCUGCAGCUUUCAGGCUCCCACCGAUGUGGAGGAGCCAUUAUCUCCCCCUACUGGAUAGUCACAGCAGCAAACUGUGUUGCCAUGGCCUCCAGUCCUGGAGACUGGGCAGUGUAUGCUGGGAUAGCGGAUCCGUUAGGCACUCUGUUCAACCCUGCUUACUCUGUGAGCCACAGUAUAGCCCAUGAAGGUUUCAACAGCGUCACUUGCAAGAAUGACAUUGCUUUGAUGAGGCUCUCUAAACCUCUGGACAUCACAGUCUUCAGUAGCAUCGGACCUGUGUGCCUCCCAAAUGUUGGUGUAAGCAUCACUGAUCCUCAGAAGGGCUGGAUAACACAAUACGGUUGCACAGUAAACGGAGACUCUGGCUUUCCACAGCUGAUGGAGGCUCAGGUUUCUCUUAUAGAUACUGCAGACUGCAACAGCUCCAUCGCUCACAAUAGCAAGAUCUCAGAGGACAUGUUAUGUGCCAGAGAGACGGAGGCAGUAGCCAACUACAUGUGCCAUACUGACAGCGGCGGCCCUUUGAUGUCCCUGAAGGAUGGAGUAUGGUGGCUCAUCGGGGACAGUAUUUGGGGGGAACACUGCACAGAGCAGAAUAAACCAGGUGUUUAUGGCAACGUCACCUAUUUUCUGGACUGGAUCUACCAUCAGAUGAGGAAGCAUCAAGAUGACUGAUGAUAGGACCAAAGAUUUACCAUGUGAGAUUUUUAUGUAAUAACUAAGAGACACAUUUUUAUUUCAAUGUCUCAACAAUAUAAUUAUCAGUUACAUAACUUAUUUCCUACAUGAUGUUAGUGUUCUGUGUCUUCAUGGUUUAAAUCACUGUUGGAGCACUUUUGCUGUAAAAUAUAUGGUCUUUAUUUUAGUCUGUGUAAAUAUUCUUGAAAUGUUUUAUUAAUGAAUAGUGAUAUUUGAGCCAGUAAAUGACGAUACCAUGUGUCAACACAAAAUGUCACUCACAAACCACACCAAGCUCGUUCCCACUGACUCCCAAAGAAUGCUUUUGUUCCUGAUUAACCUUUCACUAAAUCUUUAUUAAUUUAAAAUGAUUUACAUCUUUGAUUUGGACACAAGUUCUUGCAUCUGGGCAAGUAAAUACAAUUUUGGCACAGAAAAAAAAAAACAUUUUUAAUUGAACAGUCUGAGAUUCAAGUGUGCCUUCAAUUUGACAACUUUAAAUUUAGUUAGACUGCGACACGCUUGUGCAGCUCGAUUCACUGAUUCUUUUUUAUGCUAACUGGUCGGUUCUCUUUUCUAGAACUGUAGUCCAAUUGUUUCUAAUUUGUAUUAGCUUCAAAAGUCUUUGGCUUCUAAUUUAGUGUUUGUAUGAAUUAUGUGCCCUUGAACAUCUAGUGUCUAAAAAUCAAGAAAAUUGAAUAAUACAAUCAGAUUCAAAGAGAUUUAAAUAUAAACUUAUACGUAUAAAGAAUAAGUAAAAUUACAUUAAUACCACAAAUUGCAUAACAGAUCGAGAAAUAUUGAUCUUUAGCUUUAUAUUACACUUGAAACAAAGUGCAAUUCAGCAGAGUUAGUAAGUCUCAAACUGUUGCUACUGUAUAUCAGUUUGUAUUAGCACUGAGCUGAGACUUAAAGGCACUACAGGGACUGUAAACAUGUGUUUAACCUCUAGUAUUAUUCUUCCUAUUAACAGUGAUUGUUUCAGCAGCUUUUCCCCCUAACUUCAACAUACACAGGCAUUCGUUUCAACUUGAAAAUAU